UGCAGCUGUCUAGUGGCUGCUCAACUCUUACUGUAUCAACUUUUUAACUCAGCCUCAAAUUUUACCUUCAUCUCGUCUUGUCGUUAGCUCUCCCAAUCAGGAUCAUGACAAUCAACCACGUCUUCGUGUAUGUUACUAGCCAGCGCAUGGCCGCCAUGCAAUCGUUUUAUAAGGCUGUUCUCAAACCACUCGGAUAUAAUGAAAUGAUUCGAGCUUUCGAAGGCAAGACAGUUGGAUACGGCAGUGAUUAUCCAUAUCUCUGGCUCCAAGUCGUACCGGAGGGGCACAAGCCAUAUCCUGUCCAUGUUGCCAUUGAUGCCCCUGACGACAAUGCUGUUGACGAAUUCCAUGGGCUUGGACUAAAGGAGGGUGGCACCGACAAUGGCAAGCCUGGGAUUCGAGAACAGAUGAGCCGGCAGCCGUACUACGCGGCCUACAUCUUUGAUCCCGAAGGCAACAAUCUGGAGGCCGUUUGUGUCAAGAAAUGAGGCAGGCAUUGCGGGCAGAUAUUACAGUCACUCGAUUGCUAAUAUAGGUCCUUGGGUCUGUACCGUAAGAUCUAUUGGAUCAAUUCCUUCACUCGAACCCAUGGAGCGAUCGCCAGUAUGUUGUGGGCAUGGUUUAAUGGGCUACUUAAAGCGUUUCGAAAAAGAUACAUUCGAUCAAUCAUAAGCGUGUUGUAACCAUCAAGAUUUACCGCCACUGUGGCAUACUUGCUCGCUUGAUUUAUAAUAUCAAAAGUGUAUCUAGAAACACCAUACGCAUAUCCCGAAGUGUCCUUGCUAGAAGCGUGGCAAGACUGAAUCAUUCUAUGUUAAAUGUAAGCGAGUAUCUGGGUCCAGAAGUGGUAGCACAUCUGUAAGUCGAAUCUCAC